AUGAAUAAUAAUUAUCCAAACAAUAAUUCCAUGGACACAUUCAAUGAACUUUUUGGUUCAACUAGAAAACCUGAUACUUAUCAAUCACAACAUUCAAGUACUUCAACGCAAAAUUCACUACCAAAUUUAAUCGAAAAUAUUAAAGGAUUAGAAAGUUAUGUACCUGAAGAUGUUUUACGUGAUGUUGUCUUAACUCAUGAUCCAUUAAAAACAAGUAGCAUUGACACAACACUGACAGGAACUACUAUAUCAACUGUUAAUACUAGUAGUACUAAUAGUACUUUUUCAAAACAAUCUAAAGAAGCGAGUAAUAAUACAACUGUUCCAUCCGCCUCUAAUAUUCCUCCCAUUCCUAAUACAUCAAACAUUCAUUCAUAUUCUAAUGCGAACUCUAGUUUAAAUAUAAAUACAAACUCCAACUCACAUCCUACCCAAAAUAUUAAUAUAAGCUCAAACCCAAAUGAUUAUAUUUUAUCAAAGCAUACCCAUAUUAGAAAUGUUUCAGAUACUCAUAGUUUGUCAAGUGUUGAUAGUACACCGAGAAAUAGUCCAAUGAAGCCAAGAACAUAUUCCAAUGAAGCCUCUCCAAAUAUUGCAGGUCCUAUUAGAAAUUUAAAAUAUUCAAAUGGACUUGGUCCGUCUUGUAGUCCAAGUAAACUUGGUCCACCAAAAUCCCAUUUUGCUUCGAAUAAUUUAAAUCCCCAAUCUUCUAAUAGUAGUUUAAAUAGCAAUUCUAAUAAUAGUUCUCAUAGUAAUCAUAAUAGCCACAGCGAAAUGAUGAAUACCGCACCUAAAGCUCCCUACGCACCCCAACCCAGGAAAAAACCUUCUUUACCUCAAUUAGCUAUUGCUGGUUUGAAAAAACAAACUAGUUUUACAAGUCUUAAUUCCAAUGGCACACCUGUUCAACCAAAAAAAUCACCUUUACAAGGGUUUGGUAUUUUUACGAGAUCAAGUUCUAGGGAUCUUCAUGAGCAAAAAUCAUAUACAAAUGUGACUUCUCCAAAGGCUAAUUUUAAUCAAUCUGAUCAGAGAACCUCCUCUUUAACAUCUUAUUCUUUAAAAAAUUUCACAUCUUCUUUACAAUCAAAAAAUUCAAACACUAGAAAAAGUUCACAAAGAAGUAUGAGUAGUCCAACUAAUCCAAUUUUUGAACAUAGUAAUGGCAGUAGUACUGGUUUAAACUAUCCACUAAGUCCAUCUCAUUCGUAUGACCCCAGCCUCGUUAAUAAUCAAAAUUCCUCACAACAUUAUUCAAAGCAUAUGCAAUUUGGUGGGCAUAUAAUGGGCAAUAAUAAUAAUAAUCAUAGUACUGGCUCAUUAGGUUUGGGUAUUAAAAUGAGGCAAUCAUCACCUGCUAUGGGACCUAAACGAUAUACUUCAACAUCAUCAAAUUCUUCAAGCCAUACAACAGGGUUAGGUCAUAGUCAUAGUCAUAGUCAUGGUCAUGGUCAUCCACAUGGGCAUGCUUUAAACCAACGUAGAAGCACUUCAGUAUUACAUAAUUCACGUCCUCCUAUUCAUUCUGUUAAAAAACCUCUAGUAUAUGCCGCUAUGCUAUCAAAAGUAUCCAUUAAAUUUAAGACAACAAUUCAACUUGGUGAACAUAAGAAAGAUGGUUUAGUAUAUCGUGAUGCAUUUACUGGUAUACAAGCAGUCGAUUGUCUGUGUCAUAUUUUAAGAACUACAGACCGUAAUUUAGCAUUAUUAUUAGGUAGAGCAUUAGAUGCUCAAAAGUUAUUCCAUGAUGUGGUAUAUGAACAUAGGCUUAGAGACUCACCUCAAGAAGUUUAUGAACUUACAGAAAAUUCAAGAAUAAUUGGUGCUGGUACCAUGGCAUUAAUUCCUAAUGAAAAUGGAGGUCUCGAAUCUACAACUACAUUAAAUGCUACUACGUCAAUAACUUCAUCACAUCAAACUUCUGUAUCUCAAAAAGAACCUUUGUUACUACCGUCAGCAUCAUUUAAUUCAUUAAGCAGCUCUAGUACUCAAGGAAACUCGACAAGGCUUGAAUCACAACCUAGUACGGUAGAUCUUUCACAAACUACUAAAGUCAACGGUGUUUUUACUUUAUUAUCUGAAUGUUACUCUCCAACAUGUACAAGAGAUCACUUAUGUUAUUCUAUUUCAUGCCCACGCCGUUUAGAACAGCAAUCAAGAUUAAAUAUAUUUGAAAACCGUGGUUUAAGAAGAAAUAUUUCAAUGAAUUUGGACGAUGAUGAAGAAGAAAGACCUUCGUGGACAAGUUCAGUUCCUAAAGAGAUUUGGGAAAACCUUUCUAAAAAAGAGAUUAAAAGACAAGAAGCCAUAUAUGAGGUAUUUAGUACCGAGAAAAAUUUUGUAAAAUCUCUUGAAACAACUAGAGAUACGUUCAUGAAAACUUUAGCGGAAACAAAUAUUAUCCCAGCAGAUAUUAGGAAAAAUUUUAUCAAGCAUGUAUUUGCACAUAUUAAUGAUAUAUAUUCUGUUAACAGAAGGUUUUUAGAAGCAUUAUCUGAUAGACAAAAAAGUUCGCCCGUUGCAAGAGGGAUUGGUGAUAUUAUUUUAAGAUUUAUUCCAUUUUUUGAACCAUUUGUAUCCUACGUGGCAUCAAGACCAUAUGCAAAAUAUUUAAUUGAAACUCAGAGAUCUGUAAAUCCAUAUUUUGCAAGAUUUGACGACGAUAUGAUGAAUUCUUCUUUAAGACAUGGUAUUGACUCAUUUUUAUCGCAAGGUGUAUCAAGACCUGGUCGUUAUAUGUUAUUAGUACGAGAAAUCAUAAAAUCAUCCGAUGAAGAAGCAGAUAAAAGAGAUCUGGAAUGUUUAAAUGGAGCUAUGGAAGCAUUGCGUGAUUUCAUGAAAAGAAUUGAUAAGGCAAGUGGUGCUGCCCAAGAUAGGCAUGAUGUUAAGUUAUUAAAACAAAAUAUCUUAUUUAAGAAUGAGUAUGUCAAUAUGGGGUUGAAUAACGAAAAACGUAAGAUUAAGCAUGAGGGUGUCUUAUCAAAGAGGGAAGCAGGGAAAUCAGAUGAUGUACUUGGUGAUAUUCAAUAUUAUUUGUUAGAUAAUAUGCUUUUAUUUUUAAAGGCAAAGGCUGUUAAUAAAUGGCAUCAGAGAAAAGUUUUCCAAAGACCAAUUCCAUUACCAUUGUUAUUUGUAUCAGCAGGUGAGGACAUGCCAACUUUACGAAAAUAUAUUGGAUCAAAACCAGAUUGUUCUGGUACUGUUGUUCAAUCUGAAUUAACUCAAAGUAAUCCAAAAAAUGCUAUUACAUUUUAUUAUUACGGUGCAAAACACCGUUAUAUGGUAACUCUGUAUGCAGGUCAAUCAGCUGGGUUAUUAACCUUAAUUGAUAAAAUUAAACAAGAACAAGCUAGAAUUAUCUCAGAAACACAUAUGUUCAAUGUCACAAAGAUUAGUGAUAAAUUUUUUGAUUAUUCUAAUAAGAUUAAUAGUGUUGUCUCAUGUGAUGGUGGUCGAAAACUAUUAAUUGGUACCAAUUCUGGUUUAUACAUGAGUAAUAUUAAAAGACAAUCAUCGGGUCACUCUAAAGAAGACGAGAAGAACUCCAAUAAGAAACCAACGAUUUUCUUUUCCACCCCUGUUCAAUUGUUACAAAGGAGCACAGUUCAGCAAGUUAAUGUAUUAGAAGAAUUCCAAACUAUUUUAUUGUUAAUCGAUAAAAAAUUAUAUAGUUGUCCGUAUGGAUUACUUCAAAUUGAAGGUAAUGGGUCGUCAUACUUCAAGAAGCAUUCUAAGGAAUUAGUCAAUCAUGUUCGAUUUUUCUCAGAAGGUAAUUGUAAUGGUAAGAAAUUAAUUGUCACUGCUCAUGCACACUCUAUUAAAUAUUUUGAACCUGAACAUCCUUUAUUGGGUAAGCAAGGUGCAAAUUCGAAUAAUUCACAUACCAAUGUAGGGCAUGGUAACGGUAAUGCAAAUAAUAGUCAUAAUGCUGGCGUCGGUGGUAUUGCAAACGGACGUGGCAAAAAUGCAAAGAAAAAAAUUGUUGAAGUAUCCUUUGAUUCUGAACCAGUUUCUAUAUCAUUUUUGAAAUCCAAUCUAUGUAUUGGUUGUAAGAAAGGUUUCCAAAUUGUUAGCAUCACACAAAAUUUACAUGAACCAUUACUAGAUCCUGCUGAUACUUCGUUAGAAUUUGCAACAAGAGACAAUACACUAAAACCAAUGGCGAUUUAUAGAGUAGGCAGUAUGUUUUUAUUGUGUUAUACUGAGUUUGCAUUCUUUGUUAAUAAUCAAGGGUGGCGUAAGAAGGAUUCAGAGAUUAUCUAUUGGGAAGGUGAACCACAGAAAUUUGCCAUUUGGUAUCCCUACGUAUUAGCGUUUGACUCCAAUUUUAUUGAGAUUAGAAAAAUUGAUAAUGGUGAGUUGGUCCGAUGUGUCAUUGCAGAUAAGAUUAGAUUAUUACAAACAAGUUCACAAGAAAUCCUUUAUGUCUAUGAAGAUAAUCGUGGGUACGAUACUGUUGCUUCCUUAGACUUCUGGGGUUAG